UCUUCUUCAUGAGUGUUUCCAAAACUCACAAUUUAUACAGGUUCUCAAUAGGGUACUCCAAUUAUGGAGAUUCUCGUCACUACUUCGACCCCAAGAUUUCCAUUUCCCCCACACAUCAGUAAAACACACCGAAAAUGCUCUAUGCCUCAAAUCCUCAAUUGCUCAAGGAACACCGGAGAGAGCAACGGCUUGUCUAAAGCUCCUAUCUCGAGGGAGUUGGGAAGCCUUGAUGUCGAUGAUGAUGGAAAGGAGGAGAGGAAGAGGAAUGACAUUUGGCAGCUGUUUGAAGAAGCUCAACAGAAUAUCAUGUACUUGAACAAACAGCGUCUCCUGGCCAUGGAAGAGCUCGGGAGGGUAAAGAACGAAAGGAACUCAUUGCUUCAGAGGAUAGAGCAAUUGGAGAUGCAAAAUCAGGCAACUGCUAGAAAAGAUAAGCUUACGAUCUGCUCAGAAUUGCUUCUCAGAAUAGAUGCUUUAGUCCUCAAUGGAGUGAUUGGCAGUACAGAGGCAUCUGAUUUAAGAGGACUAGUGAUUGACUCAAGGGUUGGUUUGGCUGAUGAUAUACAUGACAUUAUUCUCAAGAACGAUGCUGAAUUUCUGGCUGAGCUGCGUCGUUUUUCAAAGACGACCAAAGGGAAUGGGUUCCACAUAAUACAUAUUUGUACAGAAAUGUCACCUGUGGUUUCUGUUGGAUCUUUGGCACCAUACAUCACUGGCUUAUCUUGUGCUCUACAAAGGAAGGGAAAUCUUGUUGAGGUUAUUUUGCCCAAGGUUGUUUAUGGCAUUGGAGUUACCUUCAUUGAGCCCGUCUAUUAUUCAUCAUUUUUUAGCCACGAUAAAGUAUAUGGUUACUCAAAUGACUUUGAGAGAUUCACCUAUUUCUCUCGUGCUUCACUGGACUAUCUAGUUAAAUUGGGAAAGCGGCCUGAUGUGCUUCAUGUACACAAUUGGCAAACCUCUCUUGUUGGCCCUCUUUUCUGGGAUGUUUUUGUCAAUCAGGGUUUUGAAAGUACUAGGAUAGUAUUGACGUGCCAAGGUUUUGAUUCCCAGUCCCUUGAACAACCUGAAAAGUUGGCACUGUGUGGGCUCGAUCCUUCUACAUUGCUUCGGCCUGAUCGCCUGCAAGAUAACAACAAGUCUCAUCUUGUGAACGUAUUAAAGGGUGGAGUUGUUUACUCUAAUAAAGUGAUAAUAAUGUCGUCUGUUCAUACAAAAGGCCAUAUUAUUAGUGCGUUGGGACAUGGAUUGGAACCCACCUUGGCCUUACAAAAGGAAAAGUUGGUUAUUUCUCCUUCUGGAUUUGAUAAAAUGACUUGGGAUCCUUCGUGUGAUAAUUUUCUUCCACAACACUACAGUGCAGAUGAUAUGGAGGGGAAAUUGAUCUGCAAAUUUGCAUUGCAACGGCAUCUGGGUUUAGAAGAAGGAGCAUCUAACAUACUCGUUGGAUGCAUUUACAUAGGCAUGUCAGAGGACUUUGACAAGCUGAAAAAACUUUGUUGGAUGGCUUCCAGCAAGGGAGUUCAGUUCGUUUUCAUGAGAUAUGGCCAAAUACCCGGUAUGACGACGUCAUUUGAGAUUUUUCAGGCUGAGGUGAAGGAUAAAAAUGUGAGGUUCAUUGAUGAAUAUGAUGAGGGACUAUCACAUUUGAUCAUAUCAGGAUCCGACAUAAUGCUUUGCCCAUCUCUUGACGAUCAUCUGCUUCAAGUGCCCCUGAAGGCCAUAAAAUAUGGAACGGCUCCUAUACCUGUAAACUUCCCUGACAGCAGAUUCAGGGACUUUGGAAAUGAUAGUAGCGAAAGAAGUAGAUUCGCACAGUAUAUCAACUCUGCGUUUGGGAAUAUGUCUCUUGGCCAAGCGUUAGAUGAAAUUAAGUACAAUCCAUUAGAGUGGAAUAGAAGGAUAAAAGAUGGUAUGAUGAAGGAUUUUUCGUGGGAGUCGGAAUGCACGGAAGUGCAUAUUUCUGCAUACGAAGUAGUGAAGAAGUUAUAACAGACGGUAGAGGCAGCAAAACAGUUUUUAGAGCUGUGUAGAUAUGAAGGAGGAAAAAGAAGAGGAUUUUCAGAUGAUUUGUUUCUCUCAUUAGAUCCAUCUCCUCUGGUCUGUGUAGCCCAGUUUUCCACUUCAACAGAAUUCAAGCUCUCUGCAUUUUCUUUAGACAAAAAAGCAAGAUUUUGCUUUUCUCAAUAAAAAGAACUUGUCUUAA